CACCUCAAAACAAAAGAAAAACGACAACAGAAAAUCAGCAGUUUUUUCUUCCAGCAAAUUUUCCAAAUUUUUCUCGGAGAAAACCUUCGAAAAAGGUUGCUAAAGUUUUCAGCAAUCACCAGUGCGGUGCGUGGAAAUGUGUGAAUAGUUUUCCUGCGCAAGAUGGAAGGUGAUAGAUUCUUAAUGGCAGCGGGAGUGACCGCUGCCGUCGUCGUCGGUGCUUUCGUAUUUUGGGGCCCCUCCGGUAACUCAAGGUUACGGCAGAGGCGGGGUCAGAUCGCCGGAUUGCAUAACUUUGGGAAGACCUGCUUCCUGAAUACGCUGCUCCAGGCCUUGGCGGCUUGUCCGCAGUUUAUCGCCUGGCUGCAGUUGCACAACACCAAGGACAAGAAGACGUUGGUCAGUUCGCUGCAGAACGUGCUGGAGGUGGUGAAUGGGACACAUCCGACGUUACGCGGGGAUCCGUACUCUCCGGGAGCGGUUAUCCGGGCGUUGAACACCCUCGGGUGGGUUAUUCCUCCGGAUGAACAUGAUACCCACGAACUGCUGCACGUUUUGCUGAACUCACUGGAGGAGGAGGUGACGAAACCGAAGAAGAUCGGUUGUUUGUCGGAUGCCCUGGGGGAAGAGGAACUGAGGGCCAUGAUGCCUCCAGCCAGGCCUUCCAGUGCUAUGCUGUCGGACUUUUGUAAUGCCGAGUACGACGAAUCCACGAAUUUGACGCGGUACGUCCGGUCGGAAGCGCACACUCCGGAUUCACCGCACUCGACUUGCACGGAAACGGAGGAUUCGAUGGCGGGUCUGGAGGGGUCACUGAUGGAUUGCGCCGGAUCACCGCCGUCGAUCAUUUCCACGUUCUCCGGGCGACCGAGCAGGCCGAAGUCGAUUCUGGCCACGGAAAUGAACCGCAACGGAACGUUGGAUAAGCGAUCGUCAGGGUCGUGUCGGUCUCUGGAAAGAUUGACGCGUGGCCCCGGGAGGGUAUCGGUUUGGGGAGAUCGCAAGCAGAUCCAGGUUCCCCAUCCGUUCCGAGGCGGUUUGAGCAGUCAGCUGUGCUGCUCCGGCUGCGGAUAUAAAUCCGUGGUUCGAUACGACAAAUUCGACAGUGUGACGCUGUCGCUUCCGGAAAUUAAGAAUCCCGGAAUUUCCGUCGGAAGUCUUCUGACUGAAUUUAUCCAACCGGAAACAUUGAACGGCGUUCAGUGCGAGUCGUGUAACGAAACGACCAGCCACACGAAAACCCUUACCUUCAGCAAGCUUCCGGCCUGCUUGUGCAUCCACAUCGCACGAACCACCUGGCUUCCGACGGGGCACGCCUACAAGCGGCAAGAUUUUGUCCACUUCCCGGAAACGCUCUCGAUGGCUCCGUACAGCUUCGUGCAGCCGAGCCUGAACAGUGCCAUGAGUACGCCCUGGGGUUCGACCAUGUCCCUGUACUCGGCCAGUCUGGGGGCCGCAGCGUACGAGGCAUCGAUUGGUGCCGCCGGAGGACCUGCGACGGAACAGAACACCCCGAUUGGAUCGGUUGGCAGUGCGUUCAAUUUCGGAUCGUACACCUUUGGGGCCAUGUUCCCGAAGAAUCUGUACCGGCUGCUGGCGGUGAUUGUGCACUCGGGCGAGGCCAACAGCGGACACUUUGUGACCUACCGGAGAGGAGCGCUGCGGAAUUCACACAAGUGGUACUACACAUCGGACACCGUGGUCAAGGAGGUGUCCAUCGAGGAGGUGCUGAGCACUCCGGCGUACAUGCUGUUCUACGAUCGGGGACCGUCUUCGAAGUACACCCAACCGGGUGGUGGCGGUGGAGGAGGCCACGGCAUGCCGGGUAGCUCCGGUUAAUACCCUCCCCAGGACCCCAGCAGUACUGAUAGUGACCGGUAAGUUAGUUUUAGAGAGAGAAUCCGUGAAGAUGUUACAGAGUUCGAGGGGUAUUACGCGGCGAUUAGUCCGUGUAUGUUUUAAAGAGAUUUCCAAAGAAUUUCAUAAGAGAAGGAGGUAACCAACUUUAAUCCUACUACCUACCAUUUCCACCGGAUGCAGAUAAAGAUAUUACGAACGCAGAGAAUUUAAUAUAACCACAAACUGAACAGUCGAAACUAACUAUACAAUUUAAACUAAUAUAUCUAAGAAUUUAAAAACGUCAGGCAUUUAUUUUGAAGACUUGUGCGAAAAAGCACCAGCCAUUUAUCUACUCUAUGCUUAGUUUUGAUUUAUUAUUCUAGCAAUGUUAAAUAUUGAAUAAUCUGAACUGUAAAUACAUCUGAAUGGAUCAAUGAAGCAAACUUUUCUAGCGUUCACCGCAUGCUAACAAAGGUGCCACCGUACCAUGGACAUUAACAUUGUGACAGCAAUGGAGUUAUGUCAAACACACAAAGCUACGGUGGCGCUAUCUGUUCAUUUCAUGGCGGCCGUUUUAGUUAUUUUAAUAAUCCAUUGCCGCUUUCAGUUUAACCGUUGUACCUUUUUGUACAUACUUUCCUGCUUGCAGUUGUCAAACAGGCAUUCACUCUAGCAUCUCGGUUCAAUAUCUGUGCCAUACCUUUUGGAUGCUUCAACCGAUCUAACGCAAAUCUAUGAGGAAAUCAAAUCGUUGAUUAUCGCGAGACGAAUCGAGUAGAUUAGAACACAUUUAGUAGCGCGAUUCCGCUUAGGAGUGAAUCUGUUUGACGCAUUUAAAAACGUGCAUUGAACAACUAAGCUUGGAUGGAGCGGCGAUUAUCCUAAAGCUAAUGUAACUUCCUUUUGGGCGUAGUAAGAGUUACGAAGUUUGUUUGACAGUGAUUCUUGAGACAAUACAGGUUGACUGGUACUUAGUAUUACACCGGAAUAGAGGUAAGAGUAGACAUCAUUUGCAGACAAAGUUUGUAUGGAAAGUAGGGUGGGGCGGGGCAAGAUGGGUCGCGGGGCAAGAUGGGUCAGUGCCAUUUUCGGGCGCAUUACUCAUGUUUUGAUUAUGUUAAUAAUUUUGUUAGAUGACCAGCAUGAAUAUACAAAAGUUUGGGGCAUUGAUUGAAAAAUUAUUCACUCUCAUUGGAAAUGAAAAAUAAAAUGGUUUUUAGCCAUUUUUCUUAUGCGAUACAUUCCAUAUAUUCUCCAUAUAAACGGCCGCGGGGCAAGAUGGGUCACCUUCAAUUUUGAACGUAUUUUUGGAGCAUUCAAAAGUUAUUUAUUUUUUAUUACAAGACUAUCUAAUAAAUGACUUCAAUCAAGCGGAAUGAACGCUCAAAAUUAUAACUUAAAAUUAUGAUAAUUUUUUAGUAAAAACAUCGAUUUUCAAGUCGCCUCAGGACCACUCAAAUCGUAAAGUUUUUUAUAUUCCAAAUAAAUUUAUAAAAUGUUUACUAGUAGCUCUUGUUUACUCAGUAUGGAUAUGGAGCAUAUUUGAAUGCGGAACAGAUCUUAUAUUUUGACGUUUUUCGUCGAGAAAAUGUCAAUUACUUAAAAGGUGACCCAUCUUGCCCCGCACUUUUUUCACGGCACAAAAUCGAUCACUUUUUAAAACUGCUUGUUUAACAUCAUAUUUUGUAUUUAAUGAACUUUUUAUCGACUUUUAGCAUAGCUAACUAGUGUAUUAAAGAGUAGCGGACGAAUGCAAACCAAUCCGAUUUGUAUUUACAAAGUUAUGGUGAUCCAUCCUUAUGCGACCCAUCUUGCCCCGCCCCACCCUAUCUAACUAAUCACGCAGCUCAAGCCGUUUUGCAUGCAUAAAUACGGUGUUAUAAAGCAUGCAUUACUGUAACGUCCGGAAAACGCUCGAAGGAAUUGCGUACCGUGCCGAUACUGUCUGAGGUGAAACUUGAACAACAGAAGAAACCUCUUCUUGUAAAAUAUUGUUUUCCUCACUAAGCCUCAGGCCGGUUUCUCUAAUGGUUUGAGAGCGUAAAGUUUACUUAGGGAGUUUUGGAUUUAAUAUUUUACAAGUUCCAAGUGGACUUGUUGGGUAAGAUUCCAAAAACCUAAGGGCUGACUACUUGCAGCAGAAGUCCUGGCCUCUUUAGAGAGUUUGGUAACUACCUUGAACAAGCGUCGUCUUGACGAGGAUCAAAGGGACGAAUAACUUUCUGAAUGAAACACUAAAUUUCAACUAACCUCUUUUCAUCUAUUUCAAACAUCCUUAUAUACUAGGCCUAUGUCUAAAAGAAUGUCGUAUUAUUUGUCUGCUUUCUCUAUCAUGUGUCUGCCCGUUGCAGUAGGGUCAAGAUUAGGGCCCUAUCUUUAUCAGUUGUUAUUUUUUCUCUGUCCUUUUCGUCAACUUUUACAGAGGCGACAUUCUCUUGUAAUGACUAAUCCUACAAUGUUGAUGUGAUAGAUAGACUGAUAAUUGCGUCGAGUAGACCCGUCUGCAUCAUAAAAGAAAAAAUCUUGAAAAAAUAUUUUUAUUUAACAUGCGUUUGUAACAAGUACCCUAUAUCAACCAUCAAAGUGUAAUUCAAGUGGAAAAGGGUCCUGAAUAUGGUUUAAUGGAAGUUUUCUUUUUUCUGAGAAAUUUGUAAGAGUUCUUACCUAAUUCCGCACUAAAUCUGGCCACACUGCCGCAAGGAUUUGUAGAAAACCACUGGAUGAAUUCUUAGACAUAUACGUAGGUAACUCACUACAGUAGGGUAAACUUUCUUAAAAUCAAUCCUCAGCGUUUGAAAACAUCCCUUGACGACCGGACAGACCUUGUGCCGUUUUGAAAAUCCGCUCAUUUCGUAUGGCCUUUCGAUCCUUCGAUAGCUCGAUGUCGUACCUCAUACUUGCCUCGAAUCUUGAAUUUACGUGCUCGCGACCGUUCUCAUUUCGUAGGGCCUUCCUUCAACUUCUUGGUCGUCUGACAUUCUGCCAUAUCCAUGGAGUCUUCAUAUGCUUGGAGGACUUGGUCCUUCGUCCCAAGCAUGUAGAUCAUCGUUUUUUCUCGUUGUUUCGUCGAUGAAGCUGUAGUCUCCGAUCGAGAUAUUUUAAAUGGUUCGCAGAAAUCUAGCUUCUGCUGCUCUUUUGCUCGACUCUCGCUGCAUGGAAACAAAUCCCGUGAUACCCCUUGGAUACCCUGCGAUUACGAGAGGUUAUCGGCUCAGCGAAAUUGGAUCAGUACUCAGAGGGUGGCCACUCAGUCGGGAAUUUCGGGAAAACCGGGAAAACCUCGGGAAUUGUUGCUAGCCAUCGGGAUUUCCAAAAUUCUAAAAUUUGUACAAUCUCCAGAAGCAUAAGUACGAGAAUCUGUGGGAAAUGCAGUCAACAACUGUUGAACUAUAUAACAUAGUGGGUGAACUGGCGUAAAAAGCAUUGUUGGAAAUUAAUAUCUUGUCGUCGAGUCAUGACAAUUUAAGUUAAUCAUAGUGAUGUUACCUAACACCACAAUUUGAACAAUUUCACAUAUAUUCUAAAGAACAUUCUGGUGGAAAGACUGGUUGAGACACAUUCAAAUAUUUAAAGAUUCAUGUGUCACUUAUGCAUUUAAGGAUGUACAUGUUUCUGAAAACAUCAAGCGUCAAUAAAAGUUUUAUAAAACACUAGCUGUCCCGGCAAACUUUGUCUUGCCAAGUUUCGGUGGUUUGAGAACUCAAGACCGACAAUUGAAAAGGCCACAUCAACAUUGUGUAAACAAACACGUUUCUGUCGACUUAGGGCCUUCUGGGAUCCACCCACGCAUCUCACCACCAUUAACAGAAAGCUUGAUGUUUGCGCUUUCUUUUAGUGGUGGUGAGGUGUGUGAGUGGAGUUCUAAAGGCCUCAAGUCGAUAGAAACAUGUUUGUUUACAAAAUGUUGUUGUGACCUUUUCAAUUGUUGAUCUUGAACUGUUGAGGUUAUCGCAGCAACGCACUCUAGACUGAUUUAAUUUUGAUCACGCUAAAUUUGUUCCAGGCUCAUCAAAAAUCAGCAUUUUCACAAUAUUGUGAAUUAUUUUAUUAAUUUUCAUGCUUUUUUAAAUGAUUUUCAAAAGUUUUUCUGCAUAUAAACACAGCCACCAUGAAUACGAAUCAAACCCUGCAUAAGUUAUCCUGAUCGGUUCACCCGUUCGUAAGUGUGGUUGCCUCAAACGGACUUCAAACUCAUUUAGAUAUAUAUAGAUAUAGAUAGAUAACAAAAAUUAUAACUUCUAUCUAAAAAAAUAUCCUUGUAAAAUCUCUAGGAGAAUAUUUGAUAUAGUCUUUGUCCUUUGAGCGAAAAGUCUUUGAGAAAUUUGGAUAGGAUGCUGAUAAAAUUUUGAAUGAAUGAACAAAUUGCCCCAAGAAUAAAUUAAAAAUAAAAAUUAUGAAAUUGUGGAUGAGUAAUUCUGGUGAAAACAUUUUUACAAUUUAAAAAUAGUUAGUGAAAAACAAUUGAAUUUUUAGUAUCUGAUGGAAUUUCUCAAAGCACGCCUAUUGUAGCUCAUAAAAGAAUUUCUAAUAUUUUGUUUGGAAGAUUUCUGUUGUUUUUCAUGAAGUUCUUGGAUGUACUCAUUUAUUGAACUUGUGAAUAAAAAUGUUCGGAGAAAACUAGAGUAAGGUAUCGGGAAAAUCCCUUUUUGGCGAAGAUUUAGCAGAAGUCCCUGGUAAAACUCCUGGUUCAGCAAAAUCUCGAGAAUUUUGAGUAUUCGUAGUUUCUAGUUAAACUACCAAUUGAAAUUCUCGCGGGAGUUCUAGUGAGUAUUCAAAAGCAUCUGGAGCAAUAUAGUUGUAUGAUUUAUGGAAAUAAAUAAUUCCCAAAUAAUGAAUCUGCCUCUACAUUUUGGGGAAAAUACUUUCUCAAAAACUAAUCUUUCGGGAAUUCCUGGAGAAAUACUUGACAUAUCUGAAAAUGUGAUCAGAUAUUAAACUCUGAGAGCUUCAUAUUGCAAUCGCUGAUGAAAUAACUGAAUGCUAGACGAGUAUCAGACAAUAUCUAAGAUUUCUUUAAUAUCUCAAAUUUCUCCUAGAAUUUACGAUUCCAGCCUAUGUAACCUGCCUGACUUUCUGCAGUAGCCAUUUACGAUACCAUAAAGUUCGCCUCUGGUUUUCUAUUAAAAUAUCUUGAAAAUGACUAUAAAAAAUACUACACUGAAGAUUUCCCAAAAAAUCGUUUUCAAAAUUCUUUUACGAGUAAUCUAUCCAGAUAUUCCACCAGAAGUUCAUCCAGAAUGUUUUUUUUCUGGGCAUUCUGUUAUUGCCUAUUAGUUUCCAACUUGGUUUCUAAAACAAACUUACCAAGAAUUUUUCAGAAGAGUUUUGGAAUAUUACAAAGAAAUCCACUAAUAAGAAGUACGUAAAUCCUAUAAUCAUGCUGAGAAUUUCGACCCCCUCAGGAUUAUCUUUUUUUUAUUUUUAUUUACAUAAACUACUGCAUAAUUUGUAGUAGUUGGUCAUCUAUGAAUUUAAGGAAUGUUUAAUGAAGAUGUCGUUAUUUCAAUGCCCAUAAUUGGAUACGAGACAAACAACACAUAAUUUAUUUUCAAGUUCAUAUGAAUACUAUGUUAAAUCCAAGGAUUUUAAAAUAUUCGAUAUGAAUUCUCAUAAAUUUUUCUUGGUAAGUUACGUUUAAUUUUCACUGUAAAUCAUUCUAUUUUAGAAUCGGGAAAAAAUUCAAAAACCUAUCGGGAAAACCGGGAAAAACUCGGGAAUUUUAUUUUCCGCUCUGAGUGGCCACCCUGUCAGUAGUUGUUUCGAUUCGGAUAGAAGAAGAUUAGUCUAUUCGGAAGUUCAACCAGAAGCAGAUCACCGGUAGGGCCGAAGGCGGAGACAGUGACGGAAGCAUUGCUGGAGUAGGUGCAGGAAGAAGAGCACUUUACAGUAGAGUUGGCUUGCCGCUCAUCGAGAAGCUCAGAAGCCGCGAGAACUAUACAACGUGGGCGUUUGCCAUGAAGAUGACCCUGAUUUGGGGUUGUUGAUGGGACCUCCAGAUCAUUAUGAGCCCAUGAUCAUGGGUUUGAAGGCGUCUUGAGCUGCCCUUAGAUCUGAUACGGUUAAAGCGAAGAUUCUUCAGGACGUCAAGUUGCAAACCGGUCCAAAAAUCGGAGGAAGCAAUGAAACUAUGUAUUCUACCCAGAAACCAAGACGUCGUGGUAACAACGGAAGAUUCAGCAGCGGGUCGAUAAAGAAGGAUGAUACUUGUCAUAAUUGCAAGAAGCAUGGCCAUUACGCAGCGUGUCCAUGGAAGCAGCAGCAAUCAUCGAAAUCGGCAAGUAAAGCGCGAUGCAUUUGCGAUGGGCGAUGUUAAAGGCGAGGAGUGGUAAUUCGAUUCGUGAGCCACGUGCCAUAUGUCUCGAAGUGCCGAAAGUUUCGUGAAGCAGUAGCGGAGGCCACAUCCCGUCGGAACGGCCAACAAUGGCUGCAUGAUGUCCGUUGCCAAAGGUAAGGUGAGCUUGCAGCUUGAAGAGGAUCCAAUUAAGGUGCAGCAAGUUCUACAGAUACCGAAGUUGGCGACCAAUCUUCUUUUUGUGAGUAAAAUGUGCGAAACGGUGAUGUUCACCUCCAACCAGUACUUAACCUUUAACAGAUACGCGUAUUUCGACUACCACUUGUAAUCUUCCUCAGUGUCAGUUAUCCACAAAAGUUUUACGGUUUUUCGUCUUUUUUUUUUGGAUAUUUCGGCUUUGAAAAAUUAGUAUCGCCCCCAGCAUGGGCGUAGCCAAAGGGGGGGCAGUGCCCCCCCCCUGGCCGUCAAUUUUUUUUUUAAAUUCUAGCCAACUCAAAUAUUAGCAAAAAUUAAAAGUUCAAGAAAAAAAUAUCUCAAAAAAUAAACUAUUUUAAUAACUAAGUUUUUAUUCACACUUAUCAAACCUUUCUUACUCGAGAACCAUAGGAAUUUUUACCAAGUAUUUCUCCAAGAGAACCAUUUCCAUGUUGUCAUAUAAUUUAACAAAUAACAAGCUUGGCUGAAUGGCUAAAUUUUAUGAUGUUUAUUCAUGGAAUACAAAAACAGCAUGCCAAAUUUUCCAGAUAUGCCGGGACCAGCUGCGGUAGGGAAAAGAAGGAUUUUGCAGAACCAUAUGUUACUAUACAGUGCAGCUAUAUGUUACUGCUACACGAAUUUCACCAGUAUUCAAUUCAAACAAACAUCAUGGUAAGAGCAAAAUACCUGGGAUUUUUUUAAGAAUUCUUUCAAGGACACCUUCAGAAAUUCCUUUAGGCAUUUAUUCAAGAACUUCUCCAGAGAUUGUUUCAGAAAAUCCUCAAGGCACUUCUCCUUUUUUUCAUGAAUUCUUCCAUGAGUAUCUUGCAGGGUUCCGAUAGUGAUCGUUAUACGGUUUGUUCCAAGAAAUACUUCAAGAAUUCCUCUCACGAUUCCUUCAGAUUUUUUUACAGAUACUUCUGCAAGAAUGCAUCGACGAAUUCCUCCAGGAUUUCAUAGCUUCCUUCAGUGAUUCCAUCAUGGAUUGCUCCAGAGAAUUUUUCAAGAAUUCCUCUAUGGGUUUCACCAGACAUUCCUCCGGGAAUUUCUCCUGGGAUAUCUUUAGAAAUUCCUCCAGUGAUUGUUCCAGUGCUUUUUUCGAGGAUUCCUCCAGGGAUUCACAAAGGAAUGUCAACAGAAAUUCUUUUAGGUAUUUCUGCAAGUAUUCUUUCAGAGAUUUCUUCAUAUGUAUAUUCCUUCAAGAAUUCCAUUAGAGAUUGCUCCAAUAAUUCAAUCUGGAAUAUUUCGAAGUAUUUCAGCAGCAAUAUUUUCCAGAAACCCUUACAGACCCUUAUUUUCCCAUAGAUUAGCUAAAAAAAUGAUCAAAGAGUUCCUUGAAACAUUGUACAAAACAUUGAUAUGGCAGUCCAUCCAAAGAUUGUAACAAUAAUUCGUCCAAAAAUUAUUGCAGACGUGGAUUCCUUCAUAUUUUUUUUUCCUACAAAAAUUCCUCCAGGGAUUUGUUAAGAAAGCUUUCCUGGGAUAUCCUAAGGAAUUCCUCAUGGGAAUGCUUCCGGGAUUCGAGAGCUCUUGUAGGAAUUCCUCCAGGAACUGCUACUGGGAUUCCUGAAGGAGUUCCUCCGUGAACUUUUCUUAUAAUUCCAUCAGGAUUUCUCUAAGAAUUCCAUCUGCAAUUUCUUCAGGAAUUCUUUCUGGGAUUCCUCCAGAAAUUUCUCAAGGGAUGCUUCCACGAAUUUCUUCAGAGAUUCCUCCAGGAAUUAUUCCUCUGGGAAUUGCUGCAGGAUUCCUCUAAAAAAUCAUCCAAGAAUUCCUUCAGAAAUGCUUCUAGAGAUUCCUCCAGGAAUUCUUCUAGAUAUUUCUCCAGGAGUAUUUCUAGAGCCUCCUUCGUUAAUCCCUAGAGAAAUUCUUCCAUAUAUUUCUCCAGGACUAUUUCUAGAGACUCCUUCGUUAAUCCCUACAGGCAUUCCUCUAGGAUAUUCCUCCAAGAAUUUCUGCAGGGCUUAACUCGGGAAUUGCUUCUGUGAUUCUCUCUGGAACAACUUAUUUUAAAAAUUCCUCCAAAGAUUCCCCCAUGAACUUUUCUUAAGAUUUCUUCAGGAAUUUCUCCUUGUAUUCAAUAAGGACUUCCUACAGGAACUGUUUAGGGAUUCCGUUACUAAUUCUUCUUGAAAUUGCUUCCGGGGUUCCUUCAGGAACUCUUCUAAGGAUUCCUCCAAAAUUUCUCCAAAAAUUCCAUCUGCGAUUUCUUCAGCAAUUAUUCUUGGUAUUUUUCUACGAAUUCCUCAAGUUUUUUUUUUUUCAGGAAUUCCUCUAGGAUUUUUUCAGGGAUUCCUCUGCGAAUCCUGCAGGGAUUUCUCUGAAAAUUCCUCCAGGAAUUCAUCUAGAGAUUCCUUCAGGAAUUCCUACAGGCAUUCCUCUAGGAUAUCCGCUAUGGAUCCCUCCAAGAGUUCAUACAAUUUUUUCAGAAAUUUCUCCAAGAAAUCCUCCAAGGUUUCCUCAAUGCAUUCCUUCAUGGAUUCCUCCAGAAAUUGCUUCUGGAAUUGUUCCUAGAAUCCACCUGGCAUUCCUACAGAAAUUUAUCCAGGAAUUCUUUAAGGGAUUUUUUCAAGAAUUUUUUCCAGAGACUCGUACAAGAAUUCCUCUAAAGAUUUAUUCAAAUACUUCAGAGAAUCAUCCAAGAAUUCCAUCAGGAAUUCUCCUAGGCAUUAUUCCGAGAAAUUAUCCAGGCAUUCUUCCAGGGAUUCCUCCUUGGAUUCUUGCAGAGCUUUUUUCUAGGAUUUUUUUUCAGCGAUUCCUCCAGGAAUUCCACCAGAUAUUCCUCCAGGAAUUGCUUCAGGGACUCCUGGGAUUGCUUCAGGAAUUCGUUUUGGGAUUCCUCCAAAAAUUCAUGCAGGCGUUCUUCCGGGAAUUAAACUUCAAGGAUUCCUCCAGCAAUUCCCAAAGGAAACCCUCCAGGAAUUCCUUCAGGCAUUCUUCCGAGAUUUCAUUCAUGAAUUUCUCCAGGAACUCCUCCAGGAAUUCUCGAGGAAUUACCCUCAAGAAUUUCUUCAGGGAUUCCUCCAGGAAUUUCUCGAGGAAUUUAUCCAGGAAUUGCUCCUGGAUAUCCUUCAGAAAUUAUGUCUGCAAUUUCUCCAGGAUUUUCUUCAGAAAAUUUUCUGGUAUUUUUUUUCAGAAAUUUCCAGGAAAUUCUCCAGAAAUAACCUCAGGACUUUUUCUGGGAUUCUCUCAGGCAUUUCUCCAGGAAUUCCUCCUGUGAUUCCUUCAUGAAUUGCUUCAGGUAUUGGUCCAGGGAUUUCUUCACGAUUAUUUAAGGGAUUCCUCCAGGAAAUUCUUCGCAGAUUCCUUAAGGAAAUCCUCUAAGGUUUUCUUCAGAUAAUAUUUCAGGAAAUUCUCCAGGAAUACCUUCAGGAAUUUUUUAGGAAAUUCCCCUGGAGAUUCCUCUAGAAAUUCAUCCAGUAAUUCUUUCAAAAAUUCCUCUAGAGAUUUCACCAGGAAUUUCUUCAUGGAAUCCUUCAGCAAUUCCCACAGGAAUAUCUCUAGGAAUUCCUCCAGGAUUUUACCAUGGAAUUUCUCCAGAAACUCUUCCAGGAAUCUCUCCAGUAAUUACCCCAGGAAUUUUAUCAGGAAUUCCUUCAAAUAUUUCUCCAAGAAGUGCUCCUGGACAUCCUUCAGAAAUUAUGUCAGCAAUUCCUCUAGGUAUUUGUCCAGGAAUUUCUCCUGAGAUUCCAUCGAGAAUAACUUCAGGGAUUCCUCCAGAAAUUUCCCUAGGGAUUUUCCCAAGGAUUCCUCCAGGAAAUCCUUCGAAGAUUCCUCCAUGAAAUCCUCCAAAAGUUCUUCCAAUGAUUCUUCCAGGAAAUAUUUUAGGAAUACCUUGAGACAUGAGAUUCUCCAGGAAUACCUUCAGGAAUUUUCCAGGGAUUUCUUCAGGUAUUCUUUCAGGAAUGCCUUCGAGGAUUUCUCAAAGGAUUUUUUCAGAAAUAGAAAAGUAAUAGAAAUAGCAAUCUCCCAGAAUUCCUCUGGAGAUUCCUCUAGAAAUUCAUCCAGUAAUUCUUUCUAGAUUUCCUCUAGAGAUUCCUCGAGCAAUUCCCACAGGAAUUCCAGGAUUUUAUCCAGGAAUUCCUCCAGAAAAUACCCCAGCAAUUUCUUCAAAAUUUCCUCCAGGAAUUGCUUCUGAACAUCCUUCAGAAAUUAUAUCAGCAAUUCAUUCAGGAAUUUCUCCAGGAAAUCCUCUAGGGAUUUCUUCAGAGAUUCUUCCAGGAAAUUCUCCAGGAAUACUUUGAAGAUUUUUUCAGGAAUUCCUCCAGACAUUCUUCCAGAGAUUUCUCCAGGAUUUUCUGCGGGGAUUCCUCCAGGGAUUCCCCCACAAAUAUUUCCGGGGAUUCCUCCAGAAAUUCCUCCAAAGGAUUGCUCCAAGAAUUCACCCAAGGAAUUUCUCCAGAAAUUCCGAAUGGGUCUUACCCAAGUAUUCAACCAGGAAUUACGCCCGGAAUAUGUUCAGAAGUUUCUCCAGGCAUUCCUCCAGGAUUAUUGCUAGAGAUUUUCCCAGGAAUUGCUUCCUGCAGGAAUCCCUUCUUGGAUUUCUCCAAGAAUUCCCCCAACCCAAGGAAUCCUCCAGGAAUUUAUGUAGGAUUUCUUCUGGGGUUUCCUUAUGAGAUCUCUCCAUAAUUUACACAGGAAUUCCUCCAGGUAUACUUUCAAAAAUUCUUCCAAGGUUUCCUCCGGGAAUAUCGUCGGGAAUUCGUCCAGGGAUUUUACAGGGCUUCUUUCAGGUAUUCCUGUAGGAAUUGCAACAGGGAUUUAUUCAGGGAUUUAUCCAGGAAGUCUUCCAGGAAUUUCUCCGGGAAUUCCUCAGCUGAUUUAAUCAGAAAUUCCUCUCAGGUUCUCUUCAAAAAUUCAUUCAGGAGUUCUUUUGGAAAUUUCAGAAAUCCUUCAAACAUUGUGGAAUUGCUCCACAAAUUCUUGAAAUAAUAUAAAAAAAAAACAUCACGUAAUCCUGAAAAAGUUUUUGGGUACAUCCCUAAGAACUUUUUCAGGAUUACGUGAUGUUUUUUAAAAUUAUUUCAAGAAUUUGUGGAGCAAUUCCUUCAGCGAAUAGUAUUGGAAGAUAAUUUAACAGGGAUACAUACAGAAACCAAGAAAUUCUAGGUUAGUCUUCAACAAAGUUUGUAAUUUUCAAAAGAUUUCAGCUAAAAUUUCUUAUUGUGUAGACUUUAACAACAUAAAAAUCAAAGAAAAAUAAUGCACGAGUGAAUAUAUAGUCAUUUAUGUAACGAGUUGCAAAAAGUUGAUUUUUUCAGCACGGGUCGUACAUUUAUCCAACGAGGCUUGUCGAGUUGGAUAAAUACGAAGAGUGUUGAAAAAAUCGAGUUUUGCAACGAGUUCCAUACACAAUUUUAUGCAAUGAUUUUUUUCAUAAUGCAACUCAUUUGAGUUGCAUAAUGUUUAUCCGAUGCGGAGAAGGACGAGAUAGGGUAGCGCCCUUGGCUGAACCAAAUGCCAAAACCACUUUUUCUUUCCAUAGAGCUAGAGCUUAGAAAAGAAAAAGUGGAUUUGACGUUGGGUUCAUCCUAGGUGAAUCACUUCCCCUGGCCUAUACCGGAGCAUGUGACAUUGGCAGCAAGGGAAAUGAACAGGAAUGCAUUUGAUUAAUAGUUAAUGGAGAUCCAGAUGAGCCUGUAUGAUCACAAGGUGUACAAUGGAGUUUGCUUGACCCGUGCAGAAGCAAGCGUGUCAGCUCAGGGGGAUUCUGCAGGCGUUGCAAGCGAAGAGCAGGAGUGACAAUAGCAGAAACAUCUGGGGAGAUGGACGAUACGAAACUGAUGGAAGGAAACACGGGUGAGAAGAACAUUUUACAAGAAGCGCGUCGAGCAGGAUUCGGAACCGGGGCAACCACAGGAGAAGCCCAAGCGUCUGAAGCUGAUGGUGGACGUAUCCGGAUCGACGUACCGCUUUAACGGCUACUACAGCUAAAGCUACGAUAGCUUAUCUUCGUAAGCACUGACCACGAAACCGCACCUCCGCAUUUCAGGACUACAAACCUUGAACGUCUCGUCUCCGGAUCGCCCUAUCAACGUCGCUGACGCUGUAUCAAGAAAAUGUUGGAUCCUCGUCUCUCCCGUACGUCAGCUUGCAAUUCUUGAUCCCCUUGGGGUAUCGAUGUCUAACCUUAAGACUUCCAAUUAGUUCACGAAUUGGAAUUUGCUUCAUCUUCUCGUUUUCUUCUUCAUUUCGAGUGUUCAUUGUCUUCAACACAUCGUCAACUAACCCUCGGAAGAGAAGAGAGAAAAAUAACCGAUAUAGGCACGUCUCCUUAUCGUCGAGAUCGCCAUGGAGAAACGCCGUUACAGCAUCCAUCUGGUAUACGAUGAUCUUCAACUGCGUGACCAGCACAAGAAGACGUCGUAUGGUGACAUAACGGAUAGCAGGAGAAUACGUUCCGCUGUAGUUCCUUCACUUUUCUUGCGAGAAUUCCUUGCCACUCACAGCUGUGCUGAUGGUGCUGGUGACAUGACAAAAGUCGGACCUUUCGAUAUGCGACUCGAGCUGCGUCACGUCACUCCUGUCGUAGAAUGAGCUCGAAAAACUUAUCUGAGUGUUUCGGAAGCACGAAAUUGAGUAUUUUGCGUGUACGAGAACGUUGAGGAUCCGCGGCUUCGUCGCAACUUUAUCCAACUUAGUGACAUCUUUGAAAAAGAGAUCUUUAUACAUGUUACGGUCAAAGUCAAAGUCAAAGAAAAGUGUCAGAUAAUUUUCAAACUUGCUUUGUAACUCGCCUUUUUUUUACGUUCAAAAAUUCUUGUUUCUUAAGCCGGGAAGCGAUAUUCAGCAUAAACAUAAGAGAUGAUUUAAACAACACACGUAGGUGAUAAGUUAGUUGUCUACUAUUAAGAAACACUUAUGCUUUAGCUUUAAAUUACCCUCAUACAUAUUUCAUCGAGCAUAAUGCGGACCGAAAUCGCGAACGACUCAUUGUUGCCUAUAGGAUUUGUUGAACAAAUUAAUGAAAUUGCAUAGUUUUUAAUGAUUGUUGAAGCAUUUUUUCCUCCAGCAGAGAGAGAGAGAGAGAGAGAGGUGUGUAUGCAUAAAAAGUUCCCCCAGUCGUCCUAGAUGUAAUGACAGUAGAUUGUAAAUUUGAAACCAAUAAAAUAAAUCACUUUUCAAAGGUGCGCGCACUAUUGCAGACGAAAUUCGAUCAAUCGCAAUGCUGCUGCUGCAACACAGUAGAUUAACUGAUUAGAAUUGUCGUAGCUUGACAGCCAUUCGCUCUAGCAGGUAAUGUUUAAGUGUCACGUGGAAAAUAAAUGUGUUUAUUGAAAUACUUGAA